AUGUCUCUGUUUGUGUCGCUCCAGGCAGUACUGGUGGCCGUCUCUGUCGCAGCUCUAGCUGGCCAGCCGGCAAACGCCCUACUAACAGCUGUGGAGCCCCGAUUACCAGUUGAGGAGCCGAUGGUCGCGCUAGAACCUGGCUGCGACGAUGUCAGCAACGAGUGCUGUAUCACUGACAGAACCUCGACUCUGGUGUUCCGAUGUACCAGUCCCAGCCCCCCGGACACCAUAGUCUACUGGGUGCUGGGAGAGUACCAGGUGGUCGAUCUGUCAGAGUUCACUGAAACCGGUGAAACUGGUCUCGCCAUCACUUUUGAAGAGACUCGUGUCGACGAUGGAUUUGCCAAUACCUACAGUGAUCUAAAUAUGACCAUUGCCGGCACUACGAGGUUGUUCGAAAGUUUCAAUUCCACACAGUUCACCAUCCACUGCAUCUCUGUUUUCAACAAUGUCAACAUCAGGAGGAGCCCGAAGAUCACCUUCUUUGACAGUGCAGUUGGAUGUCCCACUCCUACCCCUCCCCCCCCCACCCCCUCCACCCCCACUCCUACUCCUACUCCUACCUCUCCUACGGAGACACCUGAUCCUACGGAAACACCUGAUCCUACGGUGACAACUGAUCCUACGGUGACAACUGAUCAUACGGUGACAACUGAUGAUGAUGAUGAUAAUACCGCUACUCUCAUCAUCGUCAUCAUCGUCUGCUUCGUAGUGGGUCUGGUGGCAGCUGUCGCCAUCUCUGGCCUUCUGUGCUGGAAAUACAGUGGAAAUGAAGGGUCCAAAAUGUGA